AUGAUUCUCCUACUCUUCUUUUUCUCUUUUCUAAUUUCUCACGUCUACACUCUUCAUGUAACUCAUAUCAGUGAUUGUGGAACAGCAAGAGGAUGCUGGAAACUACCAAACGGAUGCAAAGAUGCCAGUGAUUGCCAAACUAUGAUGACGUGGAAGCACGAACGACGACAUCUGAUAAUUGAGAUUGAAAGCAAACUUGUGAAGCCUGAUAUGUGGUUGGGAAUCGGAUUUUCAAAGGAUGGAUUGAUGGGAAACGAUACAGUCUUUGAAUGUCAAUUCCCUUCCACUGGAUCUGGAAGCGUUCUGUUGUCUCAUAAUACUGCCAAACGGAAUAUCGUUUUGAAAACUGCAUCCGAGUUGCUGAUUCGAGAUGGAUUCACAGAAUUCAAUGAUGGGAAGGCAAUGUGUGGAGGAGAAUGGAUUCUCGAUAACAUUCAUUUGGAUGACAACGAGAGAAAAUUGAUGCAUGUGAUUUCAUCUGGCCGUUACAAUUUGUUCUUUGCUUAUGGAAAAAUGGAAAAUGGAGAGAAGAGAAUGCACGGAAUGGUUGGAAAGGAGGCUCCAUGGAAGUCUCAAGAUCAAGUCAGAUUCUGCCAACGAUGCUCCAGCUCAUUUGCCAACGUGGAUUCGGUGGGAACUAACGAAUUCUCAAAGCAAUAA